GCGGCGCCGAGCGGGAGCGGCGGCGCGGCUUGGCGGCGUCCGGGGCUUGCAGUCCCAACCGGUCGCUUCACUUUCGCCGACCCGCAGGUCAUUAUGCCGAAGAGGAAGUCUUCAGAGAAUACAGAGGGCAAAGAUGGAUCCAAAGUAACUAAACAGGAACCCCUGAGACGCUCUGCCAGAUUGUCCACGAAACCUGCUCCACCAAAACCUGAACCUAAACCGAGAAAAACAUCUACCAAGAAAGAACCUGGACCGAAGAGUAACGCAGGAGCUAAGGGCAAGCGGGAAGAGAAGCAGGAGGCCGGUGCAGAAGGUACUACGCCAUCUGAAAAUGGUGAAACUGAAGCCCAAGAGAUCCACGUCUCUCGCUCGGCUGUUAGUGUCUCAGCCUGCAGACGCACCCCACCCGGCACCCUGUCGGUGCAGGGGCAGGUGCAGACAGUGCGAGUUAAGGGUACAGUAGAACGUGGCGCAUGUGUGCAGUGACUAGAGUCAGAUAGUAGUGUGGCGCUUUUUGUUAGGAGCAGUGGGACAUCUCAGGUAAGGCUUCUGCCGUUCGAAAAGCAGGAAGCAACAAAUGCAACGGUGUUACCAUAACCCGUCCCUGCCUGUCUGUUCUCCACCUGAGUUGCAGUAGGCUGUACAGUAGAGCUGCCAACUAGCGCCGAUUAGAGGUGUGUGCCGGUGGGAGGACUUUCUUGGGAUUUGUAGGUUUAGUAAUAACUUUCAUCUUUUUCUUUAUUUUUCACAGGCACAGAAAACUGAAUCUGUAGAUAUCAAGGGAGAAUAAAUUGGCGCAAAAAGUUGGGGUGAUUUUAUGUCCCUCUGGGACAUCUUUUAAAAGCUAUUUUUACCAAGUAUUUUGUAAACGCUAGUUUUUUAGGACUCUACUAGUUGGCAUACAAAAUAUAUAAGGGUGCACAUUUUACUUGCCUAGUCAGCUUUUGGAAGUUCUUACCGUUAUCAAAAAAAGAAAUGCCAUCCUAGUAUUGGAAGCUGCGUAUAGAAUGGAUGGGGCAGCGCUUGCCGCCGCUCUGAGAGCGUGGUCCUGUGUGUACUGUGCUGCUUUUACUGUGCGGGUUUGAAUUUUUCACGCAAUUUUUCUAGAGCAAUAAUCAGUGGUGCUUUUGUACCUCGGUUUUAUGUGAUUUUAAUGAAACAUGGAUAGUUGGGGCCACCUGCUGACUGUGUGUGGCUUAAAAUAAAAGGUGUUCUUGUCUGCAAAAUACCUGCCUCUUAGUGUCUUUCCUAAAUUCUACAGUGUUUCAUAUUAGUAUUGCAAAUGAGGUAGAGAAUUUCUUCCAUCGAUCAAACCUUUAAUUUUCUGGC